ACACGCACAGCAAAAGUGAAGUGAAGAUGCUUCUGUCCUUUCGAUCAACAGUAAGCCAUUCACUUCCUCCUCUUCAUUUUCUUCUCCUUCUCCUCCCAGAGCGCCAAACUGUCCCCUUGCCUGGUUUACAGAAGGAACUUGCGCAGCCGGGCUCGGCCAGCUCGGAGGAGGCGAGAGGAGGCACCAGAGAUCCGGAGCACCGUCACCCCUAUAGCGUAUCCGUGGAGAACUACGCGUCGGUAUGGGUGCGCUGACAAAAGGACGUUACCUCUCCAUGGCGGGCCUCCUGCUCCUUGUUUAUUGCACAGUAUCAGUAAUCUCCAAAGGUACCACAGGGGAUGCUCAACCUGAUGCCCUACCUUCGGUGCAAGGCACCUUGCCGCACUUCAUCCAGGAGCCAGAGGAUGCGUAUAUCGUCAAGAGCAACCCCAUUAAGCUGCACUGUCGAGCCGCACCCGCCUUACAGAUCUUCUUCAAAUGCAAUGGAGAGUGGGUGCACCAGAAUGAGCACUUUUCCCAGGAGUAUAAGGACCUCAACACUGGGCUGAAGGUGCGUGAGGUGAUGAUCAACGUGUCCCGUCAGCAAGUGGAGGAUUUUCAUGGCCCGGAAGACUACUGGUGUCUCUGUGUAGCCUGGAGCCACCUGGGUACCUCUAAGAGUCGCAAGGCUACUGUCCGCAUUGCCUACCUGAGGAAAAACUUUGAGCAGGACCCCCAGGGGAAGGAGGUGCCAAUCAACGGGAUGAUCGUUCUGCACUGUCGCCCUCCAGAGGGAGUGCCUGUAGCAGAGGUGGAGUGGCUAAAAAAUGAGGAGCUGCUGAGUUCCCUGACUGAUGACAACAUCGAUACCCGUGCAGACCACAACCUCAUCAUCAACGAGGCACGGCUGUCUGACUCGGGCAACUAUACCUGUCUGGCCAGCAACAUUGUGGCUAAGAGACGCAGUGCCACAGCCACUGUGAUUGUCUUUGUGAACGGCGGCUGGUCCCUGUGGACAGAGUGGUCGCCCUGUAAUGUGCCAUGUGGGCGGGGUGUCCAGAAGCGAUCUCGAACCUGUACUAACCCGGCACCUCUCAACGGCGGGGCUUUCUGCGAGGGCAUGUCUGUACAGAAGAUCACCUGCAAUGCACCGUGUCCAAUUGAUGGAGGCUGGGACGAGUGGAGUGAAUGGACCGUAUGCAGCAGCCAGUGUGAGAAGCAGCGAAGUAGGGAAUGCAACUCCCCAGCACCCAGACACCGAGGCAAGAUGUGUGAAGGGAACAGCGAGGCCACUGAGAACUGCACAGAUGGACUGUGUACCCAGAAUCGAAAGCUGCUACAUGAUGUUAAACCUCAAAGUAUGGACAGCACCAGUGAUGUAGCACUGUACUCAGGCCUGGGAGCAGGCAUCAUUGCUGUGGCAAUCCUCGUGGUGGCUGUCAUGCUGUACAGGAAGAACCACAGCGAGUACGGCGUGGAUGUCAUCGACUCCUCCGCGCUCACCGGGGGUUUCCAGUCUUUCAACUUCAAGACCACCAGACAAGGCAACCCGCUGCUUCUCAACUCCUCGAUGCAGCCUGACUUAACAGUGGGCCGGACAUACAGCACGCCCCUCUGCUUCCAGGACAGCACAGACAAAGAGCUCUUUGACCCCCUGCCAGACAUCAAGGUCAAAGUUCAGAGCUCCUUUAUGGUUUCACUAGGUGUGGCUGAGCGGGCGGAGUUCCACGCCAAAGCCCCUGCUGAGACCUUCCCGAGAGACCUGAGCCGGGACUACAGCAGCACGGCGGAUAGACGCAAGAAAGGCCUGCUCACCCUCAAUGGGCCCUUCAGCACCUGCAAAGAGCAGCUGAGGACCACCGGCGUGUUCGGCCACCCCGGAGGGCGCCUGAUGGUGCCAAACACCGGGGUCAGCCUGCUGGUGCCUCAUGGAGCCGUGGCUGAGAAUAUGUCCUGGGAGAUGUACAUGGUGAUCAAUCAGGGAGAGGCAAGUGUCCAAACACUGGAAGGCUGUGAAAUCCUCCUUGGCCCAGAGGUGAUGUACGGUCCUCCGGGCUUGGACCUCUUCUGCCCAGUGGCCAUGACCAUCGCUCACUGCGCAGAGGUGGACACUGAGAACUGGAACAUCCAGCUCAAGAGGAAAACCCAGGACAGCAAAUGGGAGGAAGUGAUGUCAGUGGAGGAGGAGUCCACUUCCUGUUACUGCCUGAUGGACUCGACAAGCUGCCACCUGCUGCUGGACCAGCCGGGCUCGUACGCCCUGGUGGGCGAGCCCCUGACGCAGGCUGCCGUCAAGAGGCUGAAGCUGGCUGUGUUUGGGAGUAUGGAGGCCGGCUCCAUGAGUUACAGCCUGAGGGUGUACUGUGUGGAUGACACGCCACACGCAUUUCAGGGAGUGGUGGCUGCAGAGAAGACCAGAGGGGGUCAGCUCCUCGAGGAGCCAAAGAUGUUGCCUUUCCGAGCGAACACCUUCAGCCUCCAGGUGUCCAUCCAAGAUGUUCCCCAGUUCCUGUGGAGCAUCAAACCCUUUACCACAUGUCAGGAGUUCUCCUUCCCCCAAGUGUGGUGCAGCAACCAGCAGCCCCUGCACUGUGCCUUCUCUCUGGAGAGAUACAGCCCUGCCACCGCCCAGCUCUCCUGCAAAAUCAGCGUGCGCCAGGUCAAAGGCCACGAGCAGAUUCUGCAGGUCUACACGGCUGUGGCCGAGACUGAAAAGGAGUCGGUUCCAUUUUUUAUGCAGACAGACUGCACCAUCACGUCCCAGACGGGGCCCAAGGCCUUCAAAAUCCCCUUGUCCAUCCGCCAGAGGAUCUGUGCCACCUUCGACACUGCCAACGCCAAGGGCAAGGACUGGCAACUCUUAGCCCAGAAGCUCCACUUAGAUCGAAACCUGGGUUAUUUUGCAAAGCAGCGGAGCCCGUCGGCAGUCAUACUGAGCCUGUGGGAGGCUCGCCACCAGGACACUGCUGACCUUGACUCUCUAGCCAGUGCCCUCGAGGAGAUUGGCAAGAUUCACUCCAAAAGCUCCCCCAAGGACCAGGAUGAGCCGGAGUCUGACUUCAUCACAUACAAGCGGGCAGUGUAUACGGAACGGGCAAACUAACAAAUCAGACAACAGAGGACUCUGCUCCUGAAUAUACAAGCUGAGGGGAAAGAGAGUGAGUGAAAGCUGACAGACUAGGGCAUAUAUCUGUGUACGCACACGGCCAGUGAUAGACAACACACCACGGCAGUGCGCCGGAAGGUCACAAGGUUGUGAGUGCACAGUGCGAGCAGUCAACAUGCCGACCAAUUACAAUAGACGGAGGUGAGCCGGUACCUGCUGUGGAUCUACCCCUCUCUUUUAAGAAUCUGUCUGAGGAUGGACUGUACAUUUUUUCUGCCUUUCCACUCCAUUUUAAGUUAAUUUUUAAUUUAUUCGUUGUUUCAUGUUAAAGCUGCCCCUCUGUAUAUUCAUUUUUCAGGUCAGAGGGUGAGCGGGUUAUAUCCUGAACUUUGAUGCAUAUUAUUUUCUGAAUUUGUGUUAGAUCCUUUUUAUCUCACUUGGGACUGUCACUACCACCUCCCCUCCUUUUCCCAGUGGUCCACCCGGCAGCUGUACAUAUUUGCAUACAAGUUCUUAUAUGCAAAUAAGAUGAUACAACUGUGGCGUCAUUUCAGAGACACAUGAUCAGAUUUCUUAUUUUUCCUCACACCACAUCCCUGUGUCAACGAGUGAAUGAGGACUUCGAAGCUAUGUUUUUUGGCGUCCAAUAUUAUAUUUUUAAAAGGAAGCUGCUGAUUGCUUAAAUGUUGUGAUUGUGAACUUUUAAAGCCAAGUAUCUUGACAUUCGCCCAUUUUCAUCUCUCAAAAAAAUCUAGUCUAUGGGAAGAUAAAAAAUUCUCAUAGACAACCAGUGUUGUAUGAUCAUUUAUUUAAAAAAACAAACAGUUAAGAGAAAUACAGUAUCAGCCCCAGUUUAAUCAUAAAGGACAGCACGAUCAGAGUGUGACCUCACAUGUGUUAACCCAUAAGGGAAAAACGAUGGUUGUGGCAUAAUGUGGCAGAGUGAGAUUUCUAACCGUGGCAUUGCAGUUCAUUACAGUUUCCUCCACCAAGCGAUAGAGAGGAAGGAAACUGUAAAACAUCAUUUCCUGGCACGGCAGGGAGCGCAUCGCCACGUCUUAUCACCCAAUUCCCACCACUAACACCCGUCACACAGACCUCAUAUCAGGCCCUGACACACCCGACUGCCCCCGCCACCCCCUCACCCCAAACACAUGCAGACACACACACUGACAUUUCAUGGCUACAGAGGUCAUGUGCACAUCGAGGCUGUGUGAAUUUGCAUAUUGUACAACAAAACAAAAAAGGAAUACUGAUGGUCACGGUGUCAGAGAUACAACAUGCUGUCACUUUUCUGUUCAAACAGCUUGAUCUCAUAGAAAUGCAUCAAAUAGUCACGACCUCUUAACAACACAUAAUGUGGUGGUGGGCAUGAAAUUUAGUGAAAGUUUAGUGCUGGCAACACGAAAACAACGGCAAUGCAAAGUCAGUCAGAAUCUUUUCUGGGGAUGGACACAUGAAUUAGUAUAAGUACAGAAUAAGAAUAAGUAUAAAGAGCGAGAAAGUUCAUGUAAGGUGGCCAAGGGGCUAUGGAUAGGUCAAACAUGCAUGGACUUUUAACCAGGAGACUUCUGUUUGUGUCACAUGUGAAACCAAAAGUCAACAUAUUUUGUUGUUUAAAAAACACUACUCAACUAAAUACAAUCAUUUCUUAUUUUCUUUGAUAUUUUUGUCAUAGACGGAUGAUACAGGUAGAGGUAGAAAUCUCAA